ACGGCUGCUGCUGGUGUGUUUUUGUUUUGGGAAUUCUUCGCAACGUCGCAGUUUUGGAAAUGAGUGAUAAUAACAACACGGCUGGCAGUAAGGACGACGCCUUUAGCAUGGACCACGACCAGGACCUGAGCAGCAAGCAUUACUCGCGUUGCAGCAGCGCGGGCAGCACGCACACGCCCAACUCCUCGGCGCACAAUUCAGACGACGACGAUGACAGCGGCGGCGAUGCCCGACACUCGGCCGCGGCCAACUCGACGCUGAGCUACAAGGAGCGAAGGCGGGAGGCGCACACACAGGCGGAACAGAAACGGCGGGACGCGAUAAAGAAGGGAUACGAUAGCCUGCAGGAGCUGGUGCCACGCUGCCAGCCCAACGACUCCUCCGGCUACAAGCUGAGCAAGGCCCUUAUCCUACAGAAAUCUAUUGAGUACAUUGGCUACCUCAACCAGCAGAAGCUCAAGCAGGAAGAAGAGGGUUCAGCGCUGCAAAAGGAGGUGACAGCGUUGCGGAUUAUUAAGAACGGCUACGAGAAUAUGCUGCAGCACCAGCAGGCGAACCCCGGGCCGGAGGAAGCUCGCCUCACCGACGAGGCCAAGUUCCAAGUGUUCCAGGCCAUCAUGGAGGAAAUGUUUGAGACAUUCCAGCAUAUACCCAUGGACAACUUCAAGCAGCUGACCACCGGCAUUAUUCCCUGGCUAGAGGAGCACUGCAAGCCGCACAUUCUGCGGAACAUCCUUAGUCGCACGCUGCAGCAGAUGGCCCAAGAGGCCCAGGAGAAGCAGCAGCAGGCAAUGAUGGAACAAGAGAGUGGCGAGGGCUUCAGUUGAUCUCGCAAUGGUGGGUUUUGGGUUCAUUCAUUCGUUAUUUCAUAGGUUCUUUCGUUUCCGUUUCGUUUACUGCGUACAAAAACAUUAAAUGCGUCAUUUAAAUAGUUGUAAAAGCUGAAA